AUGGGCUGCUGCCAAGACAAGGACUUCCAGACGGGUGAGCCGGCCAAGGAGGCCGAGUCGGAGGAAGUCGAAGGUGGGACCCAAGACAGACCAGCGGGCCCCAGGGAACUGGAGAAGGGGUUGCUCUGACAGGAACGCCCAGGAGGUUGAACCCGGGAGGGCAAAGCAGAGCUCAGCGGCUUUAUCAUCUCCGCAGGCUCUGAAGAGGUCGACAUGGGCCCGCCCGACCACCGGAAUCAGAGGUCGAAUGAAAGCCUCCUGAUCACCGUGCUGUGGCGGCGGCUAUCCCUGUUCAGCCGUCGGGGGUCAAACAAGAGACAAUCAGCCCAGAGUCAAAAGCAGGGAUUGCAGGAGAGCAACCAGGAGGGGAUCCUGGAGGAGCCGGAGAAGGGGUGA